ACAAAUCCGCAACACAAGGCCACGCUGCUCGCCGCCGCCUGGGCCGCCUGGCGCCCUGCUCCCUCCUCGUCGCCACCUGCGCCGAGCCGCUCCCACCCAGCUCGUCGUUGCCUGUGCUUCACCCGUCCCUUUCUCUUUCUUCCACGCGCGUAUUUUGAUUCGAUCCUAGAAGCUGUCAAGAAUGGCGGAGGAGAAGGCGGAUGGGUGGCGGCGGAGGAGGAAGGAGAGGAGAGGAGGAGAAUAAGAUGGAGGAGGCAGAGGCGGACGAGGCGGCUGUGAUCGAUCGAGUCCCCGAGGGCAGUAUGGGAUCGUUCAAAAAGGAGAGCAACCCGACCAGCCACCCUCCAAGAAAACCUGGAGGAGAUCGAGAAGAAGCCUGCAGAUAAAAAGGAAGAAGUCUGAGGAAAUAAAGAGGAAGAAGCCUGAGGAAAUAAUGAGGAAGCAAUCAUAGGAAUUAAAGAUGAAAAUGGUAACUUUUGUGGCAAUCGGCUACAUAUGUUAUGUCAGGAACAUUAAUAAUAAUUGCAAGUAGCUACAUUGUCCUGGUAUAAUGCAUACAUAAAACAACAGUACAAAAACACUAUGAAGCGAAGUUCACUAUUUCACCUGAAAUUAGGAUCCUUAACCAAGGUUUAAUCUUGGGUUUAAGCAAAAUCAAUCCUGCAUUUAACAAAACCAAAGCUGAUUAACUGAAUUUUGAGAUUUGCGAUUUAAGUAAAAUUUCAUCCUACUAGCAAGCCCUUAGAUUACUGAAAACUAGAUACUGGCAUGAUGGUGGUGCCUUUCACAUGCAUAUAUGUGUAUGUUGCUUUGUUCCUGUUGAGAAUAGAACUUAGUACCCAACACUGACAGCAGCACAUCGAUACAUGUGAUGGAUUCUCCUUGAGCCGAAUUUGCAUCAAAGUCUCUUAAUCUGGGUAUCACCGUUUUUCUGUUGGAGUCUCUUUGACAUGAAAAGGGAAGUUUAAUGGACUAGGUUUUAUGGCUAGAUACACGCCACUCAGCGUGUUCGAGAAAAAGGUUUUAUGGCUAGAUGUAGAACCGAGAGAUGAAGUCACAUGAGAAAUGAGAAGUCUGGAAUUAAAAAGGGUGCAGCUUGCUUUGUCCACAUUGUUCAGUACUUCUCUUUUGUUAUCCUGCUACAAGGUUUUUGUUUGUGAAAACUGGACUGCACAAAGAAUCGUUACAGUUCAACAAAUUCGAGACUCCUGUGGCUGAUUGUAGCGUAUUAUGUUAGUUAAAAGACUAUAAUCCUGUCAUAUGGUUUAUUGAAAUUUAUACCCACAAAAGAAAGUUUAUUGAAAUUUAGCCUGCUCUGCUCAAAGCGCCUGCUUUUCCUUCAUGUGCCGCGGAGGCCUGCAUAACUAUGCGGGCAAGCCUUCAUGAGGGAAGUGGCUCCUUCUAAAUUUGCAUAAUACCCUAUGCAUCCUGACUGUCGUGCAAUGCGGGCACGCGGCGGAGAGGUCCACUUGCAUCCUGACUUUCACAUCCCAUUCUAACAAUUUAUUUGUGGCAAGCCCUUCUAGCAACAAUCUAGACACAACCCCGUCUUGAAUCAACCGGAGAAUCCAAAACCAAAGCGAGGAGAUCAGGAACAAACACAAUUAUUUGUUUUUACUUAUAGAAUUGCAAAAGCCGCAGAAGAUAUUGUGUACAAAAUUAUCCACACAAUCUUGGUAAUGCACAAAUUAAAUUAUGAAAUAUGGCAUGUAAACUUAUUGAUACAAAUUAUGUAAUGGACAAGCUUCUUUUUAUGACAUGCAACUAUUAAUACUACCUCUGAUCCAAAAUAAGUGUCUAGUUCAAAACAGAGACACUUAUUUUGGAUCGGAGGGAGUAAUAUUUAGUUCAGUAAUUCCAUAAACAAAUGACUAAUAUGAUCAUUAUUUUGGUAUAUUAUGACAUGCAACUAUUAAUACUACCUCCGAUCCAAAAUAAGUGUCUCCGUUUUGAACUAGACUUGAACUAGGCUUAGUUCAAACCCGAGACACUUAUUUUGGAUCGGAGGGAGUAAUAUUUAGUUCAGUAAUUCCAUAAACAAAUGACUAAUAUGAUCAUUAUUUUCGUAUAUUAUUGUUUGACUACCAACAUUUCCAAGAAAAUUGUGCUGCGUGAAACAACAUCGCAGCUGAAUGCUGUCCACUCAAUAAGGGUGACAAAUAUAGAUAAAGCAAUGUUGAAAUUAUUCUCUCUUUCGAGCUUUCUUUUUGGGAGAACAUUGUUAUCCAACAAAAAAGAUGCUACCACUUUCAACUUCCAAAAGCUGGCAUGGACUAUGAACAACUCUUGCAUUGAAUAUCAUUUUUAACCAUAUCAGAUAUUGUGCACAAUUAUUCAACGACAACCACACAGAAGUGCAUUGAAAAGAUAAAAUCAUAAGAGAUCCAAUAAUAAGUUUUCUAUCGAUGAAAGUGUUUCCAAAUGUUGUAAACACGGUUAGGUAACAUAUUAUGCAACUUUGCACUAUAUAAUAAAAUGCGACCGUGCAUACAUUUUUCCCCAACGUAUCAUAUUUGAAAGAGCUAGUAGAUUCUACUUUCUCUAGCAUCGAAAAUAGAAUCUAAAUCUCUGGCUAUAAAAUUUCUAGGGAUCUGUAUGAUGGCACAACUUAAAGAAUUUCUAUGCUUGGGAGAAUAUGCAUGAUUGCACCAAAAACCUGCAUUAUGGCCUAUAGAUGAGCUUCUUAUGAUGACUAGGGGAAAAAAAUCUCUGGCUAGAAAAAUAUCAUAUGUGAUCGAGAAAAAGGAUUUUUUUUUCCCGUGGAACAGCAACUGUACACAUCGAACUCCUAUUCAAAGCCACACCCUCCUUAGCAUUCAACCAGUUGUUUUGCACUAGGUGAUCGGUUCAAUUUGGACUUACAAUUUCAAGUGAAAAUUUACAUGGACACAUAAUUCCGGGGUGGCACUAAGGUCGAUAACCAACAGUUACCAGAUGGUAAGAUUUUUCCUGGCUGAGAACAAAUUUGUACCGUAUACCAGACACCAGGAGUCCAUAUGUUGUUUCAGGAUUAAAUAAAGGUGAAAUCAACAAUAAUAUUGAUGAAAGCACUGUUCAAUUGCUCCAGUGCCAUAAGCGAUGUGUAUUUCUCAAAAAUCUCUACAUAGCAACAAUCCCUCCAGAAUUUUCAAGAAUACUACUAGUACCAAGAACCAAGGAAGCCUCUUAAGCUUGAGGAGAUUUGACAUGUAUGGCACUAUGGCAGGGCUCUGGUUGACACAGAGGGGAUAAACACCUCAAAAAGACACCUAGAGCUCGAGAAGAGUUCGGUAACAGACAUGUUUUCUUGAGGAACUACCGAUGAAAAACUGGUUAUUCUUAUUAUGAGAAUAAUCCUAUUUUAUAUUUCCUUAAAACCAGCUACUAAAGUUGAUGAUGUGUUUGUAUUUCAGAACUUAAGUUGUAUGUCCCAAUACCCCAAUGUCUUCUGAUUACUUUAGUGAACCCUAAGGCUAGCCACACAACAUUCUCUAGAAAUGUAACUCGCUUAUGACAUGCCAAUACUAAAUAGCAGGGCCACCAUUGAUAAGAGAUAAAAGAGAGCACCGAAUUUAUUGUAUGUGUCUGAUACCUGCAUACAACAAGCACUUCAGCUGCAGAGCUUACCAGCUAAAGCUAAUUAAGGUUCAGACCCGACAUGGAGUGGCGAUAAAGCUGUCUCGGAAGCAUGCAUCUAUAUAUUUUCAUGGUACAUAAUAUAAGUAUAGCAACAUUUUCUCUACUAUUCAAAUACAAACAGAUUCUAUGGCCAGAUAACAAGACAAUCAACAGACCGGUUGCACUAGACUUCUAGAUUUCCUCCAAUAAACCAAAACCGUACUGCUAGCAAGAGAAAGCCUUAGGUAAGUUGUCCAAUUCCAAUUGUCCAGUACACUGCACAGCUCAUACAAGCCAUAGGUAAGUGAUACGAAACUGGUAUCUCAACUUUCGGAAAGGUGAUUAUGACAAGCAAUGUCCCCGCUUUAUAAGCAGUUCGCUCUCCGGUCAGCUUCUCCGAGUCCACAUUGAGCAAGGUAAUAAAAAACACUAACAGGUUAUACUUUUUCUCACAGAAAACAUGUCCACUGUGGGAUCAUUGGUUCUAGGCCAUGUCAUAGAGGAGGUUUUGGAUCCAUUUACACCAGCUACCCCCCUCAGAAUAACCUACAACAAUAGGCUACUUCUUGCAGGUGUUGAGCUUAAACCAUCUGCAGUUGCGAACAAGCCAAGAGUUGAUGUUGGUGGCAAUGAUCUUAGGGUGUUCUACACGCUGGUACUGGUGGAUCCGGAUGCCCCAAGCCCAAGCAAUCCAUCACUAAGGGAGUACUUGCACUGGAUGGUGAUAGAUAUCCCUGGGACAACUGGAGCUAGCUUUGGCCAGGAACUUGUGGUCUACGAAAGACCAGAACCAAGAAUCGGCAUCCAUCGCAUGGUAUUUGUGCUUUUCCAACAACUUGGCAAGGGGACAGUUUUUGCACCAGAAGUGCGACACAACUUUAACUGCAGGAGCUUUGCACAUCAAUACAACCUGGACACUGUGGCUGCCACAUAUUUUAACUGUCAAAGGGAAGCUGGUUCUGGUGGAAGAAGAUUCGGGCCCCGAACUUCUUAAGAGUGAAAACAAAUGCUAGAGACCAUCGGAUGGUAUUUUUAUGGGAAAUGUAUAACAAUGCCACUAGUCAGACUCUCAAACUAGUGUGCACUUAGUAUGAAACUUCGCUUUAACAUUUGUGUAAGUUUGAAUAAUUGCACUUAGCAUGAACUUCACUUUAAUA